AGGAGAUGGCGCCAGAGCCCUCAGCCAAAGACACCAAAGAAGAAGAAACUACUGUCAGGUUGUCUGUGGAUCUUUCAGCAUCCAGCGGACACUGUAAUGUGGGGACCUCCUGCCCAGGGAGCAGCUCUCCUCCGCCGGGCUCUGCAUCGUGGCCUGGUCCCGGGCAGGUCCAAAGGGACCGGCUGCGGUGGUUCCGAGAGAGCGUGGGUGAGACCGAGCGGAUUCGACACGGGGGUGGUGACUUUCAACAGCCUCAGCAAGAAGAAGGAACCCCUGAUCCUGGCCAGAGACCGGGUAGCGACCUGGUACAGCUGUGGCCCCACAGUGUACGACCAGGCACACCUGGGACACGCUUGCUCCUACGUCCGCUUCGACAUCCUGCAGAGGGUCCUGUCCCGCUGCUUCGGGGUCGUUGUCGUCCACGCCAUGGUCAUCACCGACAUCGAUGACAAAAUCAUCCAACGGAGCUGGCAGGAAAACGUUUCUCCAGCCGUCAUCUCCAGAAUGUAUGAAGAGGAAUUUAAGAAGGACAUGCUGUCUCUGAAGGUUAUUCCUCCUGUGGUGUACCUGAGGGUCACGGAGAACGUGCAUCGCAUUGUUGCAUUUAUCGAAGGAAUCAUCAGGAACGGGAACGCUUACGCCACCAAAGAAGGUGAUGUUUACUUUGACGUCCAGUCCAUUGGAGACCGUUAUGGCAGGUUUACCGGAGCCACGGGUUCUCAUGGAGAGCAAGGCAGCUCCAGUAAAAGAGACCCGAGGGAUUUUGCUCUCUGGAAGAAAUCGAAGCCUCGGGAGCCGUACUGGGAAUCCCCGUGGGGUCCAGGAAGACCUGGCUGGCAUAUCGAGUGUUCCACCAUUGCAAGCCACAUCUUUGGGAAUCAGCUGGAUAUCCACUCUGGAGGGGCGGACCUGGCCUUCCCCCACCACGAGAACGAGAUGGCUCAGAGCGAAGCCUACCACCAGUGCAGACAGUGGGCAAACUACUUCCUCCAUUCAGGUCACCUGCAUCUCAAAGGCAGUUCAGAGAAAAUGUCCAAGUCUCUGAAGAAUUAUAUCACCAUCAAGGAUUUUCUCCAGUCUCACUCUGCCAGUGAGUUCCGGAUGUUUUGCCUUCUGACCAAAUACAGAUCAGCCAUAGACUACGGCGCCGGCAGCAUGGCGGAGGCCCGGGCGUCUCUGGAAACCAUCCGCACCUUCAUGGAGGCUGCUGAGGCCUACAUGAAGGGUCAUCUGCGGUGCUCGCCGGUGCAGGAAGCCUUUCUGUGGGAGAGGCUGCUGGAAGCUAAAUCCGGCGUUCUGAAGGCUCUCGCAGACGACUUUGACACGCCAAGGGCCGUGGGCACCCUGAUGAACAUGAUUUACCACGGGAACUGCCAGCUGCAGCCUGUUGCUGUGGCAGAUGAGGCGGCUCGUAGCCCUGCGGUGUUUGGAGCCAUGGUGACCUUCAUCAGAGAGAUGCUGGAGGUGUUUGGGGUCGAUCUGGUGCAGGAUAAGGAGGCCGAUGUUUCCAGCAGAAGUGGAAGUCUGCAGGCCGUUGUGGAGCAGCUGACCCGUUUCAGGAGCGAAGUUCGAGAGUUUGCGCUCGCUCGUCAGGACGGCCUGUCAUCUGGAUCCUCUGGGAAACCAGGACUUUACCCGGACAGAGCCCCCCUGCUCAAAGCCUGUGACACCCUCAGGAACGACCUGGCGCCUCUGGGUGUCCUGAUAAAGGACAGAGGAUCCACCUCCACCUGGGAGAUCAAAGGAGAUCAAGAUUCCAGGAUCCAGGACAGAUGCAGCUGAAAUCCUCUGAAACUCAAAGACUGAAGAAAAAUUAAGAAAAUAAACUGAAUUUGUCACCAA